GAGCAAUCACCCCAUCCUCGACUUUCGUCCACUCCUCUCCAUCUUUCGAAAAAAUGCGUGAAGUCAUCUCCGUGCACGUUGGCCAAGCUGGUGUCCAGAUUGGUAACGCCUGUUGGGAACUGUACACCGUCGAGCACGGUCUCAGUCCCGAUGGCCGUCUUGUUGAAGGUUCGCCCUCAGCCAACGAUGAUGGCUUCAGCACUUUCUUCUCGGAGACGUCGUCUGGUAAACACGUGCCGCGUUCGCUCUACAUUGAUUUGGAGCCGAAUGUGAUCGACGAGGUCAGGACUGGAACAUACCGGAGUUUGUUCCACCCAGAGACCCUGGUCACGGGCAAGGAAGAUGCUGCUAGUAACUACGCACGUGGUCACUACACCAUCGGAAAGGAGCAGAUUGACGUUGUAAUGGACAAGGUUCGCCGUUUGGCCGAUAACUGCGCGGGUCUCCAGGGAUUCUUUAUCUUCCAUUCAUUUGGUGGUGGAACUGGUUCUGGUUUCGGUGCUCUUAUCCUUGAGCGUCUUUCCACUGACUAUGGGAAGAAAUCCAAGUUAGAAUUUAGUGUAUACCCUGCACCUACAAUGGCCAACUCUGUUGUUGAGCCCUAUAACUCGCACUCGGAUUGUUCAUUCAUGGUUGAUAACGAGGCUAUUUACGACAUUUGCAAGAAGAAUCUCAACAUCUCUUCGCCUAGCUUCACCAACUUAAACCGAUUGAUUGCUCAGGUUGUUUCAUCUAUCACUGCUUCUCUUCGCUUCGAUGGGUCUUUGAACGUGGACUUGAACGAAUUCCAAACAAACUUGGUUCCCUUCCCUCGAAUCCACUUCCCUUUGGCCACUUUUGCUCCUAUUAUUUCUGCAGAAAAAGCUCACCAUGAGCAGAACUCUGUAGCGGAUAUGACAUUCUCUUGCUUCGAGACCGGUAACCAGAUGGUCAAGUGUGACCCUCGCGAAGGCAAAUACAUGGCAUGUGCUCUGUUGUACCGUGGUGACGUCGUUCCCAAAGACGUCAAUGCUGCUGUCAGCAUCAUCAAGACGAAGCGGACGAUUCAAUUUGUUGACUGGUGUCCCACCGGUUUCAAGCUUGGUAUUUGCAAUGAGCCCCCAGCGUAUGUUCCUGGAGGUGAUCUCGCCAAAGUCUCGCGUAGCAUGUGCAUGUUGUCGAACACGACUGCUAUUUCUACUGCAUGGAGUCGUCUUGACCAUAAAUUCGACCUUUUGUACUCGAAACGUGCCUUCGUUCACUGGUAUGUGGGUGAGGGUAUGGAAGAAGGCGAGUUCUCUGAGGCUCGGGAGGACCUUGCCGCUUUAGAAAAGGAUUACGAGGAGGUUGGCAUCGAUUCGGCUGACGUCGAGGAGGCCGGAGAGUACUAGAUGCUUUCUUCUUCGCUUCUUUUUUUCCCGCUAGGUCGUAGUCCGCUUAUAAUUCUCUUUACUAUUGUCUUUGUCAUGAAUUUUUACGUAUACCGCCAUUGAUAUCCAUUUGUCUUUACCUCGUGCAUUUCUAUCUUUUUUUUUACCUACGGAAACAAAAUAUUACGACUCCUUGUAGUGCAGGUUGUGUGAUUUUAGUAACGAUUAUGAAGCUAGUUGAGGGCACGUACUUGAAGUUGUGCCUUGCUGUCUCUAAUUAGUGCAAAUGAUAUAUCGGACAGACAAAAAA